AUGAUCAACCAAGUAUUUUUGUGAUAUGAAAUAACAAAAUACACCAGAAACACAUUUAAAAAAAGCAGUUAUAUAGAUAAACUUAUAAAGGAAUUGGAAUCACUUAAUUUAGACCAUCUUAAAGAAAGUAGACAAAAUAUAAAAGAAAAUUGUGCAGAUAAUCAAAAUUUACAAACUUUGAUGAUCAUUCUGUGCAAAUCCUGCAAAAUCUCUAAAAUCCUUAUACAAAGACCUCUGACUUUUAAUUCGUGUCAAUCAGCCCUGAAAGCUGCUGUGCAUCUAAGGUGCAUUUCUGAAUUUACAAGUCAAAAUUUGCUAUCGAGAUUAUUAGACAAGAUCAAGGAAGAUAUGAAAUUUUGUGUGAAGCUAGAGGAUGCAAUAAGCUGAUACAAAUUAAAAAAUGUAAUCAAGGAACAUAAUGAAAAUUCCGACUGAAAUAAUCUUAAAACUCAAAUUGACACUAGAUUAAAGCAGAUCGCACAAACAGAAGAUAAAGAUAAGCUAAUAGAAAAUCUAAACUUUCUAUUAUCAUUUAAUCCAGAAAUAGAGUGCGGUUUCGAAUGGCUAACCAAAGAAGUUGUAGAUUCCACUUUAAUAUGAAUUAAAUCCGAAAAGGCUUUGCUUGAUCAAGAUCUUAUUACAAAUGAUGAUUUAGAAAGCUUUGAAAAAAUUGCAGAGCAGCUUAUAGGCCUUAUCGAUUCUAUUGACGAAGUGCAUGUGAUAGCUCAGGACAUUAGACCUAAACUUAAUGAUAUAAAGGCCAGCUUCUUUAAAAGGGGCAUUGAUGAGAGAAACCAAUCGAACAGUUUUGGAGUCUCUCAGAUGGACGAUUUCGAAAAAACAGAGUUAUCAAUUGAAAGAAUUAAAAAAAGAGGGUCGAUAUGCAGACUCUCUGAAUGCAAUGAAGAAGGGUCAUUUAUUUCAGCUUACAAAGGAUUUCUAGACAAUUCCAUACCAAUUUGCAUUAAGCUCUACCAUCAAAAGUCCAAUAGUCCAUCAAAUUUAUUUAUAAAAGAAUGCAAGCUCUUCAGCUACCUUUCAGAAAAAUGACAAUGCUUUUUGAAAUACAAAGGCUGGUAUAAGGAGCUUUCAGAUUUUCAAAAUUCACAAUGCUACUCUGCUUUUGCUAUUGUUAGUGAAGCAUUUGAUAGCACACUUAUGAAUGAUAUUAUCAAGCAUAGCAGGCAAAAUCAAAAAUAUACAUACCAAGAAUACCAAAAAAUAGUUGUUAGCUUAUUAGAUGCGUUUUCUAUUUUGGAAUCAGUAGGAAUCGCGCACAAAAAUGUUAAACCUCAUAAUAUAUUAAUAACUGGAAAUCGAAUGCUUAAAAUUGCCGAAUUUAGUUUGUCAGAAAGAUUUGAAAUAAAUAGACCUACAUUAUAUUCAAAUAAUACAUAUUGUUUAUGAAAAGACAACUAUAGAGCACCUGAGAUCUUUGAACUUAAUGAAGAAGGGUAUUCUGAGAUAAAAAGCUUAGAUAAUUUAGAAAAAUGUGAUGUGUAUUCUUUAGGCUUAAUAUUUUUGCAGAUGUACUCUUUGCUUCCAAUUGCUGAGCUAAACACUCCUCCAUUUUGGAGCGAAAUUGAUUACUAUGUAUCAACUUUUAAACCAAAAAAUGUAGCAAAUUUAUUAAGAAAGAUGCUUGCUAUAAAUAGUGCUGAAAGAGCCAAUUUUAAAGAAUGUUUAGAUAUUUUUAUGAAUUAUGAGGAAAAUAAAAAUGAAUAUUCCUUACCUAUGCAAAUAUUUAUUAAUAAAAGUCAAAUAAAUGCCAAUAUGGAUGCUGAUAAGUACUUAAAAAAUCUCGAAAUGAUCAGCACACAUUCAAUUGAAUUUUGCCUAAAACCCAACUAUUUAAAGCAUUUGUCAAAUGAAGUUACAGUUGAAUUUUUAAAAGGUCUUUACAAAGAAAAGUUAGUAUUUAUAAGAACUUAUCGAAGCCAAGAUUUCACAAAUUUACUUCCAUAUGUUAAAGAAGCUAAAGUACUAAAAAAAUUAAAUGGAAACCAUCCCACGUUUAUAGAAUAUUAUGGGUCAAUUUAUUCAUAUAAAAGCUGCUGUGAAUUUUCUAAUGUUACGGAAUGAUGCAAUGAGAGCUUAAUGUCAGAAAUUUCAAAAAAAAGCAAAGAUAAAACUAAAUAUAAAGAAGAUGAGCUACUACAUUAUGCACUAAUGAUUUUUCAAGGACUGAUUGCCUUAAAAAAAAAUUUUAACUGUCAUCGCAAUAUAAAGCCCCAUAAUAUAGUAUUUAGCACGCAAUCAUGUAUAAAAAUAACAGGAUUUUUUAUUCCAAAAGCAAAGAUAUAUAGCGAAUGCAUAUUUCCUGAAAAUUUUAAUAAUUUCAUCCAAAACGAGGAAGGAUAUUCUUCUCCAGAAAACAUCAAUAAAGAAUUAUCCAGCACUGACGAUAUUGAAAAAUCAGAUAUUUUUUCUCUUGGUCUAGUAUUUUUGCAAAUGGUAAAGCUUGAAUCUGUUGCAGAUUGGAAUAAUGAAUUAUUUAAAGAAUUGAAGUAUAUCACACCUGAAUGGCUUAGAAAAAUUUUGCAAAAUAUGCUGGCAUGAUCAUCAGGCCGAAGAGGAAAUUAUGAUAAAUCAUUUAAUGAUAUGGAGGGUUAUAUCAGAGCUUAUGCUUAUAUCAAGGCAUUUAAGAAAUAA